CAGUUAUUGCCAUGGGUGGGGGAGUCAUCCUCGCCCUCCUCAGCUUCUUUGGACAGUACACGCCAUCUAUCCAUAGCCAAGGGCGGAAUUGCAUUGCCAUUGCUUCUUUUUGGUGGCGGCAUCUGCCUUAAUGGUUCAAAAUAUUCAUGCUUGAGUACUUCAGCUGCCGUUUUUCGCUUGGUUGGAUCGUAAACAAGAACAUCUCGUAACAAAGAAAGUGCUGUCGCAUCGAAAUCAGCACCGACGUAUUUGUCUAACCCUCGUCCAGUACUUCUGUGCACCCGCGGACGACUUGAUGCCAUCGCUUUCACCUCUUCAGCAGUGGGAUAGCCAAGGACACUCACAAUAAUUUUCACUUGAUCUUCAGAAUUUCGUCCUUUGAAUAAGGGCCGUGUUGUUAUAAAGUCGUAAGUAACACAGGCAGCCGACCAUACAUCUAUAGCGGGGGUUAAGAUAGUGCUCCCAAACAGUAGCUCUGGUGGUCGAUAA